AAAAUAUGUGCAUUAAUUUUAAAUUGUAUUAACCCUUACAUUGUAAUGUACAAAAGCACCUUAUUCAUAGAAACUCUAUCUCUUUUGAAAAAAAAUAUAGCAUAAUUUCAUUGCCUUAGAAAUUUUGAGAAACUUCUAUGAAAAUUGAUCGGACUCGAAAUAUCCCUGUUUGUACGGAAAGAGUUAAUAAUACGCGCAUUAAUUCUAAACAAUGCGUCCUUGAGAUGAAUGAAAUUCUUUCUGCAAUAGAAAGUAAAAUUAAUCUCGCGUUGAUCCAUUAUUAGAUAAAAUAAAAUGAUAUUAGCGAUUCUUUGCUACCAUUUUUUACACUUGUGUCAUUGAUGAUUUACAUUGUAUUAAAAAUGAGAAGAAAGUAUGUCAUCUCGAACAUGUUUACGAUACAGAUAUCACAUCCAUUUUGCGAUUGUUGCAAAUAGCUUGCACUCUGAAAUCGGCUCGAUCAACAAGUAACAUAAAGAAAUCAUUAUGCAAGAAACUAGUUCACAUAUCACAAUUAUAAUCGGACAAUUGAAUCAGGGCAAAGAUCGAACGCGCAGACGUGUAGCGUGAGAAAACAAACAACGGAAAGGUGAAUAAGACGCGAAAAAGAUAGCGGGGAAGUCGCGAGGAGAGGAGAGAGAGAGAGAAAAAGAUAGGUGAGAAGGGCGGCGACAAAUUGAUCCCCCUGCCCUUUCCCAAUGUAAUGCCGGUCAAUCGAGGUUGCGAGAGACUACCUCCUACGUCAGAGUCUAUCGAUUGCGUGCAACGAGGGUCGCGCAGGCGCCCCGGAUUCACGAUUCCCCGUUUUCCCAACGUAAACAGUCGGGUUCCGCGUCCCCUUUUCCCACCCCUCCCCUCCCCCCUGUUUCAUCCCCGCCUACGUUUCGGCCAUCCCCCUUUCUGAUCCUUCUCCUCCAACCGUUCCGAGACCAGCGCCCGAACACCCUCGCGAGAGCCCCACCUGGACGCGGCUCCACCUGCACAGAAUCUCAGCGAGGGGGAUUGUAUCGACCCCGUGACCGAUCGAGAGAUGACCCGCGAGAUCCCGGCGAGGACCCUCGAGUUCGUUGAACCUGGUGCCACUUAGGCGAAUCUCACCCGCCAGAGCCCCAGUCCCCCUCCUCUCUUCUGCCUCCCGUCCCCCGCCCCUCGCGAACGCGGUCACCGGGUUCCGGGGACCCGCGAGGUUGCGCCGCUAGUGCUCGCCGGUAUUUCACAGGGGUGGUUUCGCCGCGCGCGAACACCCCGAGGAGAGAAAGGCCGAGAAGAGAGCCUUGCCUUCCCGGCCGAUCGAUUGACACGGACGAAGCAACAGAUUGUUGCGGGCGUUAAACAACCACGGGAAUUAGCGACAAAGGGAUCCCGGUGGUGUCGGCGGGGUUGUUAUCGCGAAUCCGUGAAAAAAUCCGAUUAAGGGCGGGCGCGACCGGCUGGCGAAGCUCCGGAGGACUUCGGGGUCGUUGAUUCGUGAAAAAGUGAAUUAUCUCGGAUGGGUGCCGCGGAAAAUGCCGAACGAAUACAUAUCCGAUGAAAGCAAUCGCUUCUUAAUUAAAUAAUUUAUAAUCGAUUUAAAAAGAAUAGCAGAUAUUGAACAGAGGUGGGGAACAUAAAAAUCAAUCGGCGAGUUGAAAAGUUGAAAUUUUCUUAUCAGAAGUUGGCGAAUCCUUUCGGUUAAAACGCUUCCCGUGAAAAUUGGUGAGUCCUGUGGUUUAGAAGUUUUCCGAUUGAGGAAAUGUUAGUGAAUUUUAAACUCGAAGAGAUUCUUAAGGAUUGAUGACAAACUCUUUCGAUGACAAUUCAACAUUUGCUUAAACAAUACAAUAAAAAAUAAAACUGGUUUAAAUAUAAUAAUAAUAUUUAAAUAAAUAUUCAUCGAUGUGUGUGUUGAACUUCAACUAACAUCGUGUUAAAAAGAUUUAAAUCAGAGAUAGGAAAUAUUAUUGAUCGUGAUUUUGACAUCAAGCGAACAUCGAACCUGUGUGAAUCCAAAGUGUUGCAAAUUAAAAGAAAUUACUGAGACAAUACGUGUGCUACCCAAGUCAAAGUGUUCGAAGAGAUUCGCCAAUGAAUAAGGUGCGAGUGUAAAGUCGGUCCUAAGCAUAAUAUCGCGCGAUGGUUCACGUGGGUGGAAUCGGCCCGUCUCUCUUGGGCGGCGCACUGCCCAAAAGCCCCAGCUUUCAUCAGGGUCUUGCUCUGGCGACAGUCUUGCCACAGGACGUGAAGGGCUACCCGGUGACGUUCGCGCUACAGUAUCAACCCUUACAACCUCUUCUAAUCGAAACACAACAGGGAAACGAGCGAGAGGAACUUUUUAUACAGAAGCUACGGCAAUGCUGCGUUCUCUUCGACUUCGAAUCCGAUCCGUUGUCGGAUUUGAAAUGGAAGGAGGUAAAGCGCACUGCUCUCCACGAGAUGGUCGAGUACGUAACCAAAAACAAAAACGUUAUUACCGAAGCGAUAUAUCCGGAGGCGGUGAAUAUGUUUGCCGUAAAUUUAUUCCGGACGCUACCGCCAUCAUCAAAUCCUAAUGGCGCGGAGUUUGAUCCGGAAGAGGAUGAACCGACAUUGGAGGCGGCUUGGCCACAUUUGCAGCUCGUCUAUGAAUUCUUUUUGCGGCUGCUGGAAUCGCAGGACUUCCAGCCGUCCAUAGCAAGGCGUUACAUAGAUCAAAAGUUCGUGCUGCAGCUCUUGGAGCUAUUUGACUCUGAGGACCCGCGAGAGAGGGAUUUCCUUAAGACGACCCUCCAUAGGAUUUACGGGAAAUUCCUGGGACUCAGGGCGUACAUUAGGAAGCAGAUCAAUAAUGUUUUCUAUCGAUUUAUUUAUGAGACGGAGCAUCACAACGGCAUCGCAGAACUACUUGAAAUUUUAGGAAGUAUUAUAAACGGCUUUGCUCUGCCGCUAAAGGAAGAGCACAAAGUGUUUUUGUUAAAAGUUCUGUUACCGUUGCAUAAAGCUAAGUCAUUAUCCGUAUACCAUCCACAACUAGCAUAUUGCGUUGUUCAAUUUCUGGAGAAGGAUCCAUCAUUGACGGAACCCGUAAUUAGAAAUCUGCUGAAAUUCUGGCCAAAAACACAUUCCCCUAAAGAAGUUAUGUUCUUGAAUGAGCUUGAAGAAAUCCUAGACGUCAUUGAACCAGCCGAAUUUCAAAAAGUCAUGGAUCCGUUAUUUAGGCAAUUAGCCAAAUGCGUGUCAUCACCACAUUUCCAGGUGGCGGAAAGAGCUCUCUAUUAUUGGAAUAAUGAAUACAUAAUGUCCUUGAUAUCGGACAAUUAUUCCGUCAUUUUACCGAUAAUGUACCCAGCUUUUUAUAGAAAUUCCCGCAACCAUUGGAACAAGACGAUUCACGGUUUAAUUUACAAUGCCCUGAAACUUUUCAUGGAGAUGAAUCAAAAAGUAUUCGACGAAUGUACAACACAAUACUAUCAGGAACGUCAAAGAGAACGAAAGCUCAUGAAAGAUAGAGAUGAAGCAUGGAUGCGUGUGGAGGCGCUUGCAAUGAGGCAUCCAAACUAUAAUAUCACAAUUAAAGGCACAACGAAUAAUACAUCCUACACAUCAGGACAACAUAUAGAUAAUUCACCGCCUGAUGAAGAUGGUGAAACGGAUCAAACUCCGCUUACCUUGGAGAAAAUUGAAGCUAAAGCUAACGAGUGUUUUGGUACACAGGCGAAGAAAAUGACAAACGUGAAUAAAGUGAAACCGCUUUUACGAAGAAAAAGCGAUUUGCCACAAGAUUCGUACACAAUGCGAGCAUUGUCUGACCAUAAACGCGCCGAUGAAUACCUUGUUACGCCGCCAGAUCCCAAUAAUUGCUAGUCUCUACCACAACCCCUUCCUAUGUAUCCUUUGUUUUGCUGUAGCAACAUUGGAAGUUAGUUUUCUUUCUGAAGGGGAAAACGGCGAUAAGAAUAUAAAUGAUUUGGUUGAGAGUCCCACAUUAUGCGAAAUCAAUAAUGUAUUAUCAUCUCAAUGUAUAUCACAUGAUCGAUUUUGCUUUUUUUAAAUAGAAGAAAAAAGAAUUCUAUACUAUCCCGCCGCACAUAUCGUGCGAUUCAAAGACACAAUGUAUAGGUACUGGUAGGAGCUUUCUUCAAGAAGAAAUUCAUUCUUCACUUAGAAAUGUGUUAUAUUUAUUUCUUCAUUUUUGAGAGAAAAAACAUUACAGUUGAGAGGAUCUAUAAGAGUAUCAUUAUAAAAAAAACCGCGCAUGUAGUAAGCGAGAAGGGCCCUAAAUACGUUACUCAUAGGAUCAUCAUCACCGAAAGCACUUUGAUGCGCUACCCUCUGCUAUGUCUCAACAAUAAGAUAAUAUAUGGAUAAUGUACGUAAAUGCGAGAUUUAAUUGUGGAUACUACGGUUGUACUGGAUUCAGUUCUAUUCUACAAGAAAUUUUAUAUACAGAUGAGGAUUAUGCGGGAAUGUGAUCGAAGACAUAUACACGUAUGCUCUCGAUGUUAUAACCCAUACUAUUGCGCUAUGCGAGCUUGUUGUGUUAACAUUCUUGCGAAUGACGCGUUUCCAUUUAUGUGCAAAUGAUGUAUACAUAUAUAAAUAUACGUACUUGCUUUAACACUACAGGCUCGUUGUAGUAAAAAGAAACAAAUAAAUGGAGACGCGAGGGAGAAGAAUAUAUACGCCAAUGCGCGCGUUAUCUUAGGAUGUAUAUGAUAGUGCUAUUUUAAAAAUAAUAGAUUGCUACGAGAAAAUCUGAAUACUUCUGAGUGUACUACUUUUGUAUCUGUUGUGCCUAGAUGCCUGUGGAAAAAAGAAUAUGCCUCCACGCGAGGCCUAUAUACUAUGAACAGCAAGAUUAAGCAGCGAGUUUACAUGUCGCUUUGCCAAAUAUAAUCGAUAUUACAGAAUUUCAGUAAUGCUUGCAUAACAUGUUGCGUUGUUAACUCAUUGAUCUUGAGAUUAAUUGAAAGAAUAUACUGUUGUGGCCCGAAGAGGUAGGAGGGAGAAGAAUAAAAACAAAAGAGGAAGAAGGAUUAAAAUACAAUUUAGUCCUUGCGCUGCUGGCAAGUUGUUACGUUAAUAAUUGUCGAGGAUACCUUGUUGAACAUAGAUAUGAUAAGCACUUAUUAAAUAUUAGAAAUUAAAACUGCGGAGAUAGAUUUAAAGAUUAUUUACUUAUUAAUUAUUCUUAUUCAAGAAGAGAAAGAGAAGAAUGGCCAUUUCAGCUAAUUGAUCAUUAAAUUAGUAGUAUAAAUAUUAUAAUUAUUAGUUAUUGUAUUAUUUUUAUAUAGUAACGAGACGAAUAAUGACGAAAAUAGGGUAAUAGUAAUAAUGUAGUAGCUGGUACAUGUGGCAAAAUGCCUUGAAUUUGUUUAGUCUAUCCGAAAAUCUACAAUUCCUAAAUUAGAUCAAUAAUAAAUCAUGCAUUUCUUAG